UUGCUCUUAUUUGUAUUUAUAAAAGAAAAAACAAAAUAUAUUUUAGCUACAGAUACAUACUGGGCCAUAAAGAAGCUGAGCCUCCAUUGGGCCCAUUAUCCAUGACUGGGCUUGAUCCGCUAUCAAUAUUCAAAACAAUAAACCCUAGACGCCAUCAACCUUUUCUCCCUUUUCUGUAAAUCAGUAUUCAUCCACCCACAGGAGAGACAACGAAGCCAAACAAACAUGGGCGGAAAAAGAAAGAAUAGUGAAAGCGAAGGGAUGGAAGGAGAUAACGAUGGAAAAAACAGUAAUAAAAAGAUGAAGAAGGAGAAGACUGAGAUACUUCCUUCCUCCAUUAAAAACAAGGAGAAGAGAUCGGCUGUACACGCCAAACUCAAGCAUCAAAAGAAGCUCGACAAACGCAAGAAGCUUAAAGCUCGCGCCGCCGCCGAAAAACGCGCUCUCGAGCUCGGAGAAGAGCCUCCACCGAAGCAAAUCCCUCGCACUAUUGAAAAUACGAGAGAGGCUGACGCAACUGUUUGCAUGCCUGAUGAUGAAGAGCUGUUUGCUGGUAAUGACGCGGAUGAAUUUAGUUCGAUUCUAAAGCAUGAUCGCACUCCAAAGAUAUUAAUCACAACUUGCCGUUUCAAUUCUACUAGGGGACCUGCUUUUAUCUCCGAAUUGCUUUCGGUGAUCCCUAAUGCUCAUUACUAUAAGAGAGGAACAUAUGACUUGAAAAAGAUUGUGGAAUAUGCGAAUAACAAAGAAUUCACAUCAAUUAUAGUAGUUCACACCAACCGAAGAGAACCGGAUGGUCUUCUAAUCAUUGGAUUGCCUGAUGGGCCUACAGCCCAUUUCAAGCUUUCAAGUCUGGUUUUGAGGAAGGAUAUUAAGAAUCAUGGAAAUCCUACCAGUCACAAGCCUGAGCUAGUAUUAAAUAACUUCACCACUCGCCUGGGCCAUCGUAUUGGGAGGUUAAUCCAGUCACUUUUUCCCCAAGAUCCUAAUUUUCAAGGUCGACGAGUUGUAACCUUUCACAAUCAACGAGAUUUUAUAUUCUUCCGACAUCAUAGGUAUAUAUUUGAAACCAAGGAGAGCAAACAGAGUGACUCAAAGGGUAAAAAGGCAAAGGAUGCCAAGGAUGAGAGCAUUGCCAAAGAAAAAGUGGUUGCUCAUCUUCAGGAAUGUGGUCCUCGGUUUACUCUAAAGUUAGUAAAUCUACAGCAUGGAACAUUUGAUACCAAAGGCGGAGAAUACGAGUGGGUUCACAAGCCUGAAAUGGACACCAGCCGAAGGAGAUUUUUCUUAUGACUUUGAUUUACGUUUUCAUUUGCUUCUACCAUCAAAUGCAACAGUUUUCUGUUGAAGAGGGAGGGUAUACUCCACAAUGAGAAAAUGAAGUCGAUAUUCAAAUUUUCUCCCUUGUGGUGAAUCCUGAGUGCUCUUUUGAGCUUUGUUAAAUUUUUAUGAUCAGUUUUGGCCAAUUGUAUUAGGGAUCUGGGGAAAAUAUAUUGCUUUUGCGUACAAAAUUCAUAUGUUAAAUUACCGUUCUAUCCUGGUGACUGUUUUAUGUUUGAUCUCAUUGUUAAGUCUUCUGCCAAUAUAGCUGGAUAAACAUAAGCA